CAAGGCCAGAUGCGUCACACAUUAUCGUUUUUAUCGCCUCUUCCCAUGCAUUUCCUCCCACCCACUUCCAAACUAUCCAAUCUGCAGUACCCAUCUCCCCAAAACCUCCUCUGUUUCCUCUGUUUGUUUUCCUGAAGGGGUGUGUGUGUGUGUGAGAGAGAGAGAGAGAGAGACCAUGGUGGUGCUAUCCAAACCAGCAAUAGACCAGAUUUCUCUGAUACAAAACCACAAGCCCAGCUUCUUUUCUGGCCUUCCUACCAUAGACCUCUCAAAACCAGACUCUAAAAACCAUCUUGUCAAGGCCUGUGAAGAGCUUGGGUUCUUCAAGGUCACGAACCAUGGUGUUCCAAUGGAUUUCAUGGAGAGAUUGGAAGCUGAAGCUGUGAAGUUCUUCUCUUUACCUCAGCCAGAGAAAGAACAAGCGGGCCCAGCUAAUCCAUUUGGGUAUUGCAAUAAGAGAAUUGGGCCCAAUGGGGAUUUGGGCUGGAUUGAAUACCUUCUCCUGCAAACCAAUGCCAAAUCCAUUUCUCAGAUUUCCUUGGCCAUUUCUAGAGAAAACCCAGAAAUCUUUUGCUCUGCUGUGAAUGACUAUAUAUCAGCUGUGAAAAGCUUAGCUUGUGAGGUACUCGAAUUGUUGGCAGAAGGGCUGAAGAUUCAAACAACGAAUGUUUUCAGCAAGCUUUUGAUGGAUGAGGAGAGUGAUUCUGUUUUCAGGAUCAAUCACUACCCUCCAUGUCCUGAGAUACAAGCAUUGGAUUGCAAUCUGACUGGAUUUGGAGAGCACACAGACCCUCAGAUAAUAUCAGUUCUAAGAUCAAACAAGACAUCAGGCCUGCAAAUCUCUCUUGCAGAUGGGAGUUGGGUUUCAGUCCCACCUGACCCCACCUCCUUCUUUUUCAUUAUUGGUGAUUCCUUGCAGGUCAUGACAAAUGGGAGGUUUCGGAGUGUGAGACACAGGGUGUUAGCUAACAGCCAGAAAUCAAGGGUGUCCAUGAUCUAUUUUGGUGCACCAGCUUUGAGAGAGAGGAUAGGACCCAUGCCAGUGCUGAUGAACGGUGGAGAUGAAAGCAUAUAUAGGGAUUUCACAUGGUCUGAAUACAAGAAGUCAGCGUAUAAAUCAAGGCUAGCUGAUAAUAGGCUUGGGCUGUUUGAGAAAAGAGAGGGAGCACAUCAACCGAGACUCAUGUACUGAAUUUUCCUUUUUGGGACUUUAGGUUGUGAAGACAGGUUGAAAAUCCUGACCCAAAUUAACCAAACAUAGAUAAUAACGAGGUUGUUUUUCUGCUUUUUUUUUUCUUUUUUCUUUUAAGCUUUUUUCAUGUGUCAGAUCUCACCUUCAGUAAAUAGAGAUUACUUUGAUAC